UAUGUGCUUGCCAGCCUCAUACUGUACAUAACAAAAGCAAGCCGAUGGAAUAAGUCGAAAUAACCCAUAAACCCACCUUCGUCACGGCACAUUGUAUUCUUUAGAAGGUCCUGGCUCUCUGGAUCUUUGACUGCGCCACAUGAAAGGAGAACAGGUCUGAAUUCAGCUGUAGUUGAGCUCUGCUUAUCUUUCCACGCACUGCCUGCUCUGCUCAAGGCAGCAUUUCAGAUCAGAUUUCACAUUCAGCGUAGACCAGCUGGGAGAGAGCGAGAGGGCUUGUUUCUCUUCCUUUCCGAAUCCGAUCUUGGUCGCGAACUCAACAGCGCGAACGAGCGUAGGCUACAAAGAAUCUGCUGUGCGCAAUAGCUUCGCGUCGGAAUUUUGUAAGGAUUUUCGUAAAUAUUCGCAAUUGACUCUUAGGUGAGGCAACACAUUAGAUCGGAAGAGAUGGACGAGCAGCCGCGGUUGAUGCACUCUCAUGCGGGUGUAGGUAUGGCUGGGCACCCUGGCCUGUCACAACAUAUGCAGGAAGGCACUGGUGGAACCGACGGCGAUGGACGAAAACAGGACAUUGGAGACAUUUUACAGCAAAUAAUGACCAUCACAGACCAAAGUCUGGAUGAAGCUCAAGCAAGGAAACACGCCUUGAAUUGCCACAGAAUGAAGCCAGCUCUCUUCAACGUUUUGUGUGAAAUCAAAGAAAAAACAGUGCUGAGUAUCCGCGGCGCCCAGGAGGAGGAGCCUCCCGAUGCCCAGCUCAUGCGGCUGGACAACAUGCUGCUGGCGGAGGGCGUGUCCGGGCCGGAGAAAGGGGGCGGCUCGGCGGCGGCCGCGGCGGCGGCGGCGGCCUCGGGCGGGGUCGGAGCGGACAACUCCGCGGAGCACUCGGACUACAGGGCCAAGCUGUCCCAGAUCCGGCAGAUCUACCACACUGAGCUGGAGAAGUACGAACAGGCGUGCAACGAGUUCACCACGCACGUGAUGAACCUGCUGAGGGAGCAGUCGCGCACGCGGCCCAUCUCGCCCAAGGAGAUCGAGCGCAUGGUGGGCAUCAUCCACCGCAAGUUCUCCUCCAUCCAGAUGCAGCUGAAGCAGAGCACCUGCGAGGCCGUCAUGAUCCUGCGCUCGCGCUUCCUGGACGCCAGACGGAAAAGACGGAAUUUCAACAAGCAAGCGACGGAGAUCCUGAAUGAGUAUUUCUACUCCCACCUCAGCAACCCGUACCCCAGCGAGGAGGCUAAGGAGGAGCUGGCCAAGAAGUGCUCCAUCACAGUCUCCCAGGUUUCCAACUGGUUCGGAAACAAACGAAUCCGCUACAAGAAAAACAUCGGGAAGUUCCAGGAGGAGGCCAACAUGUAUGCUGCCAAGACCGCCGUGACCGCCGCCAACGUCUCCUCUCACGGGAGCCAGGCGAACUCGCCCUCCACUCCCAACUCAGCAGGUUCUGCCGGCUCUUUUAACAUGUCAAACUCGGGCGACUUGUUCAUGAGCGUGCAGUCUCUCAAUGGGGACUCGUACCAGGGGGCUCAGGUAGGAGCCAACGUGCAGUCACAGGUGGAUACCCUUCGCCAUGUUAUCAGUCAGACAGGCGGAUACAGUGACGGACUCACGGCCAACCAGAUGUACAGUCCGCAGGGCAUCAAUGCAAACGGCGGCUGGCAGGACGCCACGACCCCCUCAUCAGUGACUUCACCCACGGAAGGACCCGGAAGCGUUCACUCUGACACCUCCAACUGAUCUCCCCCCCCCCCCCCAUGACCACCACCCCCCACCCCCACAUGAUCAGCAUCACCUCCCCCUAGAGCAGGCACCUCCACCAGGACUGGAGGUGGCACACCGGCCACAGGGCGUUCAGACCUAUGGGGUUGGGGGAACAAGGAGGACGCCAGCUCCACCGCCUCCACCUCCACGGAUUCACGUCGCCUGUGUCCCGUCUCUACUACCGCCACGCCACAGUCAGCCUGUUGAUAGGUCUCCCGUCCGCCGGUCAUACAGACUGCCUCUCUGUAUUUAUCUCAUGCUAAAACACGGUUGGCACGAAAACACACGUACAAAUGGCCCUUAUCUUGUAGACUAAACGCUUUCACUCUACCUCUAUUGAAAAUAACAAGAGAACAACCGACAACGACAAAGGAAAAUCCCAUGUUUUCUAAACCUUUGUAAUUACUGGUAUUUAACAUUCGCACCCACUCUGCCCAUGUCCUGUCUAAUGGCUAAUUUUAUGCCUUUGUGACAAGUUAUCUUUCGUCAACGUCUUGCUUCAUCCACCGUUUUCUUGUUGUUGUUGUUUUUUCUUUUGUCCAUAGUGCCAAAGUUCAACCUUGGAGGUGAAUUUUUAUGAUACGACAUCAUACUUCAUACACUGCAUUUCUCACGCAUUUGCUGUGCUUUGUGAAAUAACAUUUCAUGUUAGUGGUCAAUAUCGACUUUAUCGGCCUCUGCUUUCUUCCGUAUUCCUGGCAUUCUGUUUCAGACCCUCUUAAGCAGGCAAUAAGACGAAAACUGGUAUACUGUAGGUUCCUUUAUCGUGCACCUACUACAUCCAGCGUGUGGUCAACAAUACAUUAGCAAACAUAUACGACUUUGUAGGAUUCACAGAUCAAGUUGGGGGGGUUUGUCAGUGUGGAAAGAAUGGCUCCCGGUGGCUCUCGCUCCAGGAAUCAGUUCUCCACUCUUGAAAUAUUGCUUGUUGUGUGCGCAGCAUUCAGAGACAAGUCACCUGCAUUCGAAAACAUUGGCCUGGAACACUUAAUCAAUGACAACAUUCGCAGAAAUUAUGAUAAGCCGAUAUGAAUUUAAGCACAGUAACUUCAAGUGAUUACCUUCGAAGGAUAACAUUUGUACAUGUCAACGAGAAAUCAUGACAGAGAAAACCUCUUGAAUAAGACUUUGAUAUUGUCCUUAUACAUUUAUAGAACAAGUAAUGAACAUUCAGAACAUACAACGUAUACAGUUACACACUAUCACUGUACAUCAGUGUUUUCAUAAUAGCCAAAUACUGCUGGUAACCAAAACCACUUGUGUGCAAAAAAAUGCAUCUGAACAUCUUAUUACAGAUUUGGGUGGCUCCCUGUCAGUGAAUAAUCAAAACCAUUUGAUGUUCAGAAUGAACACAAAUCAAAUGUUUCUUUUCAGUUGGUGCUUUGCCGUUGCUAUUGUAUUUAAUAUCUCCCUGUUGUUAUUUCAGUUUUAAUCAGUAUUGAUACAGCAUUUCAGACCAUUUAUAUGGGUAUUCAUUUCCCAGUGUGUUCAUGUUCGUCAUCAAGGUUUACAUUUUCCUAUGUCACAGUUGUUCAUACUUAAGUACUUGGGUUCCACAAUGACUCCAGUUUGAAUCUGGCAUCUUACGACACACUGCAAGAACACUUCCAAAACCACAUUUAUACAAUCCACAAACAAAUCCAAAAUGUGAAAAUCAGUUUGUGAUUUUUGUUGUAUGUAUAGUAUACUGUAGUAUUUGGUCCAACACGUAUACAUAAUUACAAAUAGUCUUCAGCAUAUCCACCCUGACACAACUUUGAUACCAAAAAUAAAACUGCAGAAAUAUUUUGUUCUUUACAUUGGUUUCAGCUUUAUCAAAAGUAUUUUUUUUUUGUGUGAAAUCUGUAGUACCAAUGAACGUCUCAUGAAUGUUCUGGUACUCUACUGUAAACCAAAAAAAGAAAAAAAAAAAGACAGUUCGAAUACAAUAGUGUUUAUAGAGAUGGGUACGAACAACCUGAUGGCACACAGAUCAUGAAGAUGUUUGGAUAUAUUUUUAUGUCCUCUGUGUUGUGAAUAACUCACACCAUUCUUAUUUUUCUUUCAUGUGGCUUAUUAUUGCUUGGUUAAAGGACAUAUAUUUUAUUUUUUGUUGUUAGCAUAACAUGUGAAUUCGCUCAAGAAUGCUCUAUAAAUGUAGAUAUGCACCUUUUUUCUUUCCUUUUAUUGUGUGCAUUUUCAAAAACCUUGAUCGACAUGAAGAAGGACGGAUGUCCUCUACGAUUAAGAACAUCAUCUGCUUGUUCUCUUAUUUUUCCAGCCUUGACACCAUCCUGCUUCUAAAAUAGGUACUGUCUUUAAAAGUGGACGCAAAACAGUUAGUGUUAACACUGCCAUGUGAUGUGAUAGUGUUCUAGCUCAAUCGAAUCGUUACAACAUCUUUGAAAUAAAACGUAUUUCCCUACCAACACCUGUUCUAGAUUACUACAAGCCCAUUUUGAAUGGUUCUCAUAACAAAACAGCGCAUUUUAUAUUUGAUAAACCUUUGCAGCCAGGGAGGAACGACAUUGUGUGACGUGACAAACAACAUUAUAUUUUGGUGGAUAUUUUCGAUCGUUUAAAAUGGGUCACUUGUUUUUCCCCGAAUUCAUUCUCCAAUUGAAGGGCACAACAGGGGCUCCAGACCUGUCAUAAUUUGGGAUGUUUAAGUAUGCCUGUCCUUUUAAUUGAGUUCCUUAUUAUGAUGAGAGCAUUUCUGCCACGUGGCAAGCAGAAGGUUUGCUUUUGUGAUGCAGUGCCCCUCAAAUGCUAAACUCUACUUUUCAUAUUGCCUGUCCAAUAUCACUGUAUUAUCAAAGGCUUCAUGUAAUGAUGCUUUUAGUUUUGAAUAUAAAAGGAAAAGAAAUAUACAAAAAGAAAGAAGAAACUAAAGAAAUUUGUAAAACAUCAAAUGUUUUAUUUGUUGCAUGUUUUUUGUUCUUCAAUAAAAUACCGUACUGCAGUGUUUUUUGAAUGUUACUUCUUUUUUACAAGGAUUUCAGAAUGAAAUCGUGGAGCCUUUUUCUUGACCGGUUUUAACUUUUAAGAUCUCUGCAUAUGUAAAAAAGGUAUACAAAAUGGAAAACUAUUGUCUUUUUAAUUCUGAUUCAAAACCUGUUUUCUGUGGAGAAAAUAGCUAACAUGGUGUAGGUUUUAUGGUCUCUUAAUUUGUACUGGUAAUGCAUAUUCCAAAUAAAUAGUUUCUUUUGUUGCAUAGA